GAUGAAAGAAUGAAGAUGCUGGGUAACUCUUGCAUAAGGGAUUUGGAGAGUAUUCUUGUUUUUCCUCCUCCACGCUCCUCAUCUUCUUGUUCAUCUUGCCUGUUCAUCUCAUUCCCUUCUUCUCUUCCCCCCGCAGAGCUGCCCACCUCGGAGCCCAAAAUCAGCGGCGUGCGGGAGAAGUACGUGAGCGGGCAGGUGCUGGAGGCGAACUGCACGGCCGGACGAUCCCACCCGGCGGCCACUCUCACCUGGCACGUCAACAACAAGGAGGUCCCGCGGAAGUACACGCACGCCUACGCCCCGAUGCUGCACAACGACCAGCUGGAGACCUCCAUCCUGGGCCUCAGACUGAUGCUUGAGGACUCCCACUUCACGGACGGCACCAUCCUGCUGCGCUGCACCGCCACCGUCGCCGCCCUGGACACGCGCUCCGACCAGGACUUCCUGCAGAUGGAGUCGCGCCAGAUGGAGCCUCUCGUGUUGGCGCAGAGGAACUCUCACGUGUAUGUGAACGGCUGCGGGGGCCUCGACGUGUGCUUCCUGCCCCUCCUGCUGGCGAGCUGCCUCGUGGUCGUCGCGGGUCGCUGGGCGGUGUUGGCGGCCUGACGCGGCAGCCUCGUCACGCUGGAAGACCUGUGGCCUCUGGUGGCAGCACCGAGCGGCCUGACACCUCCCGGCCCUCGGCUCCCACCCAACAUGACCAACCAUAUGUAGAGCCACAGCAACGCGGGGAACUGGGCGCCGACCAUCCUGAUCCUGAACUGCCGAGAUCUGUUGUUAAAAGUCCUGUUGCCAGGGACCAAACAUCCUGCCGCUGCCGCUCACCGUCGACUCAAGUGACGCUCUAACUCCUCUGCAGUGUUCCUGGAGGGUGUGGCCGCACGAACGAGACGUGGCCUGCACACGGAGUAGCAUUACAGAAACCGGGACUUGGAAAAGAGGUUGACAUCCGUAGAAAGCCAAGAGAGUGUGCCUGAGUACCGUGUUUAUGUCAUUUUUACGAAUGGGAAGGACCUCUUGAGUCAGGGCGAGGUGGUUCGAAUCUCGGUGUCGCCGUGUGAUGUCAGAAAGGGCAUCCGAUCUUAAGCCCCAGGCCACACACACCCCAAAACAGCGACCCCAUAAUGAUGAUGCUGGGUAAAACCUGUCAAGAGAAUGAAGAAGAAAGGAUCCCCAGCAGGGAGGUGCCGCCCCCCCGUGUGUGACCCGCGCCUGAAGAGCUCAAGGACGCCGCCUCCCUCUCUGCUGGGCGGUGGGUGGGCGGGGCGUGGGGAGGAUGUCAAGGUCAAGCCGCUAAACAAGAGCAGCAAAAACUGUUUAAUCUUGAAUAGCCAAAUCACGUUACCGAGUUAGUUUUCUCACUUUUAGACCUACUGCCUGAUCGUGAUAGAGCUAAAGAUAUAUAUUUAUUUAUCGAUAAUCAGUUGACUUGGCAGUUCUUGUUCCAUGUUGUGCCGAAGUGUCGCGGCGGCGGCCUGGGGGAGGGGAAGGGGGCGCCUCGCCCACGAUCCUUCCGCCAGACUGCUGCCGCGGGCGCUGCCUUCGUUAUGUAUGUGCAUCUGCGAGUGAGUUGUUUUUACGCUGUGAGCUUACGACAAGAUCACUAGUGUCGCGGAAGCAGCCGACGAGGCCAGGAGGCCGCCACCCGCUGCCCCGCCGCACGCUCCGCCGCGCCGGUGACCUUCCCCAGUGUCAACGCUGCGAUUCAUCUCCGCGUGAGUCUGUGGCAGUUUGUGUUGGUGUUGUCGUACAAGCGCGGGUCGUGGCGCCUCCAGGGCCUCGGGGAGAAGGCUCUCCCGGCAGCGUCAGGAGUACGUGCUCCCAGGAGUACCUAGAACACAUUUUCGUCGAGCAAACAUUACCGUGAUUGCUAAGUACUCCGUGACGCCAGAGUCGGGGUCGCGAGGUGUUGGUGUCGUGUCACGCCUCGGCCGCCGCCUCGCCGCCGCCGGGCAGCGCCGCGCCCCAACCAUCGGGCUGCCGCGAGUGCUUGUACACGCAGACUGUUUUUUAACCUUUAAGAAUUUGUAUGUUGCCGCCAACACGCAGUUACCGCUGUAUUGUAAUUCUUAGCUAGUGGUGAACCCUUACCCCCACCCCCCCAGGGGCGGCCCGGUGGAUGUGUGGGUCAGCCCCCCCCCCCCCCCCCCCUCACGCUGGCUGACGCUGUGACUAGCUACAUGUACAGAACCUGUAUGUUGAUAUGCCUGUGUACUUACACAACUAACCUCUAUGUAUCAAAGUACCCUACGUCGUUGGUUGUAGAUGACAAUGUAGUAAUAAUUAUGUAUUGCGAUUCAUAUCGUAUACGUAAAUAUACAUAUACAUAUACAUAUAUAUCUACAUAUUUCGUUAUUUACAUGUUUGAAAUGAAAAAGAGUCUACGUUGAUGUCCUCUGGCGGGCAGCACACAGCCCCGCCAUGGGCGCCGCUACCGCCGCCACAUGCCGCCUCGCAGGGGCCGAGCCCCGCGGCGCGGCGUGGGCGGCAGUGUCUCGCGGGGCAGUCUCGCGGGUGGACGUGCAUGGUGAGGGCAAGACACGCUUGAGCUACCUCAGGUCGGUGGUAAGGGACUCUUCCCUCAGGGUUUGGCAAUGCUUCGCAGCCACAGUAUUACCAGCGCCGCAGGAACAUGGCUGCUGCGGCUCACGCUCUCCUCAGCCUCGGCUCCGCUCGUCUCUCUCUUUGACAGCCGGGGAAGGAAUCUGUUGGCGAAACAAAGCAAACCUCUGGCACACACACACACACACACACACACUGAUCGAGAGGAGAGGAAGAGGGGACUCAGCAACAAGGAACGGUCGAUUCGUGUUGUAAAUGAAUACCAUAAAAUGUUGCAAAUUAAAGGAAACCAAAAUCU